AUAUGAUGUAGCAGAGGAUGUGGUUGGCUUUGACCACGAUAUCCAAGUCAUCACGGAUCAGCUAUGUGAUCUCCAUGUAACACGACGUGCCGUCAUUUCCAUCGUCGGCAUGGGUGGUUCGGGCAAAACCACACUUGCCAACAAAAUCUACAAUAGCCAAGCCGUCAAACAUCAUUUUCAGUGUCGGGCAUGGAUAGUUGUGUCACGAUCGUAUACGGCUAGAGAACUCUUGACCAAUAUCAUGAAGCAAACUAUGAAUAUAGACAACAGUCAAACUAGGGAAAUGGAUGAACGAGAGAUGAAGAACAAGAUCAGGGAGCAUUUAAAAGGAACAAGGUAUCUGGUGGUGAUGGAUGAUAUCUGGAAGGUAUCAGAUUGGGAAACAAUCAAUACAGCCUUUCCCGAAGAAUUCACAGCAUCUCGAGUACUGCUCACCACACGUAAAAUGGAUGUUGCCGAAACUGCAGACCCGGACAGCCCUCCGCACCAUCCCAAACUUCUCGAGUGGGAGGAAAGUUGGAAUUUGUUCAGCAAAAAAGCAUUUUCUAAUGCAUGUUGCCCACCUCAUUUGCAGCAUCUUCAGGAUAAAAUCAUCCAAAAAUGUGGCGGAUUACCUCUGGCGAUCGUGGUUUUAGCCGGGUUGCUACGGAGGAAGCAUCACUACGGGCUGGAGGUAUUUUUGCCUCGGUUCAAGGGAUCAGUUGUCCAAUUACCCUUUGGUGCAAUGUUUCCCUGCUAUAGUGGAGCCAAACCUUGGAACGUAUUUCUCGCACCUAACAAAACCGAUGAUCAAACUCACAAAAUAUUAGCUCUCAGUUACAAUGAUCUACCUCAGCAUCUCAAGUCUUGCUUUCUUUAUUUUGCUGCAUUCCCGGAGGACUACGACAUCGGCGCUGAUAGGUUGAUGCGUUUAUGGAUUGCCGAGGGUUUCGUAGGAUCAGACCAGGAGGGUCAAACAAUGGAGGACCUGGCAGAGAUGUAUUUGAUAGAGCUUAUCAACAGGUGCAUGAUACAGGUGGGAAGAAGGAAUGAGAUUGGGAGUGUGGUAUCUGUUCGAAUCCAUGAUCUACUGCUAGACCUGGCUCGUUAUGAAGCUAGAAAACUCAAUUUUUGCAGAUCCAUUAGCGACAAAGGCGAUUCAACUGAUCUACGACGUCUUAGUAUCACAGAUGAUGAAGGCGUGCAUCAAUAUACAUCACUCGGUUUCUCUUUCCCUAAACUACGGUCGCUUCUUUUCCUCCUUACAUAUGAUGUCCAUAUGCCAAGCAAAUCUAUGAUUCAUGGAUUCAAGUUUCUCAGGGUGUUGGACCUCCAGUUUGUAUCCAUUAGAAGCUUACCAAGUGAGAUCGGAGACUUGAUCCUAUUGAGGUACUUA